AUGGGACCUAAUCAAGACGUGGAAGCGCAAAAGCCAUUGCCGCAACUCAAUUCCCCGCAUGACUCAGAUACAGAGACAGAAGAACCCAAACCUGACAAGCUACAACCACCAACUGGCUAUGCUAUCCCAUUUUGGCGAAAAUGCUUAAUUCUCUUCGUCGUCAGUUGGAUGACUCUUGCAGUCACUUUCUCAAGUACAUCUUUAUUACCCGCCACACCAGAAAUCGCAGAGGAAUUUUCAACGACCUCGGAAAUUCUCGAUGUGAUUAAUGCGGGGGUGCUCAUUGCCAUGGGCUUUUCGUCAUUUAUCUGGGGCCCCAUUACAAAUGUAUUUGGGCGGAAGACUGCUUAUAAUGUCGCUAUUAUUAUUCUUUGUGGCUGCUCGGCUGGCACGGCUGCCUCUAUCAAUUUGCAUAUGUUUAUUGCCAUGCGCUUGCUCAGUGGAUUCACGGGGACCUUUUUUAUGGUCGCUGGACAGACUAUUAUUGCCGAUAUCUUUGAGCCGGUUGUUCGUGGGACAGCUGUGGGUUUCAUGAUGGUUGGGUCGGUUAGUGGACCUGCUAUUGGUCCCUGUAUUGGAGGUCUGAUCGUCACCUUCUCCCACUGGCGCAUCAUCUACUGGCUCCAGUUCGGUAUGACCGGGCUUGGCUUAAUACUAUCUAUGCUUUUCGUACCAAGCCUCGAAGAAAAGAAACAAGGAGAGAAGAAACAAGUUCGGAACUUAUCCUUUGUCCUGAGCAUGUUUAAUCCGCUCCGCAUAUUUGGACCCUUCAUUUACCCAAAUAUCUUUCUCUGCCAUCUCACUUGCGGUCUCCUAGCAACAUUUCAAUAUGCACUACUGACAUCCGCUCGGACAAUCUUCGAUCCCCGUUUCAACCUAACAUCCCCAUUAAUCAGCGGUCUUUUCUAUCUUUCACCAGGAGUGGGAUUCCUGAUUGGCAGUGUUAUGGGCGGCAAAUUGUCCGACCGCGCUGUUAGAAAAUGGAUCGUGAAGCGCAAUGGUGUGCGUCUCCCUCAAGAUCGCUUGAAUAGUGGCUUGAUCACUCUGUUCUUAGUGUUACCCAUUGGAACUCUGAUCUAUGCCUGGACACUGGAAGAAGGUGUGGGUGGCAUGCCUGUCCCAAUCAUCGCUGCCUUCUUUGCUGCCAUCGGACUUUUGGGCUCGUUCAAUGGAUUGAACACAUACUCGGCUGAGGUCAUGCCACACAUCAGAUCUGAGGUGAUCAGUGGUAAAUAUGUUGUGCAGUAUUUGUUCGCUGCUGGGGCCACUGCGGCUGUUGAUCCUUUGAUCAAGGCGAUUGGGGUGUGUUCUUUGCCCUUAUCGGGGGUUAUAGGGCUGAAAAAACGACCACUAUCCGCCGAAGAUGAAGAUGGUCAACGACAGAGGAGGAAGUUUGUCGCGCCGAACAGAUGUCAGCGAUGUCACGCACAUAAAAUUAAAUGCUCCGGAGAACAGCCAUGCAGCAAAUGCUGUGCUGUAGGCGUCGCAGAGGAAUGCGCAUAUGCGUCUCGCGAUCGCCAGGUCAAAGUUAGCGAGAAGUACCUUGACCAGCUCAUGGCUGAAAACCAGCGCUUAAAAGAACAGUCGGUAACUUCGGCCGAUGCGACCGAAGCACAAGAUCCUCCUCAUACGGAAAGGACAGUCUCACGUCCAGCAGAGGCUCCAGACGCCACGAGUAUACAAAACCCUCUCAUAGGCGACCGUGCCUGGUUUCAUCGCUAUGACCCGUCAUCGCCGCCGAUAUACGUCGGCGAAGCGGCAUGUUCGGCUUUUGCUACGCGCUUUCGCCGUUUCUUGACCGGCAACAAUGCAACUGCGCAUAUCACUAGAACGCAAUGGACACGCGAAGAAACAAUCGUUGCUGCUGCGAACGAAGCCGAUGCUGAAUGGCCUAGUUUGCAUCAUGCUCGCUUACUGGUUAGGAUCGCAAUCCACCAGAUCGGAUACUUGUACCAUCUUAUGAUGCGCAAGGCCACGUUGGAUAAAUUAGAGGAGAUCUAUCAAACGGGUAACUUCUACUGUGUAACGAACAAGUGCAAGUUUUUUGCCCUGUUUGCGUUUGGGCAAGCUUAUUCCAUUCGCUCGGAGUCGACCUCUGGAUCUAGAGUCCCGGGAAUAGCAUACUUUGCAAAGGCCAUGAGCUUAGUUCAAAUUCUCCCAGAGCGAACAAGCAUCACUCAUCUGGAGACUUUGUUGCUGCUUUCACUUUUCUCAUAUUAUCUCAAUCGUCGUCACUCUGCAUAUGUAUUGAUUGGAACUGCCAUGCGUCUGGGCUUAACCAUAGGCUUAAAUCACAAUAUUCCCGAGUCUCAGCUUAUCGACCCUGUGGAACGACAACAUCGCAUUGAAAUCUGGUGGACGAUCUAUAUUUUUGAUCGUAUGUGGGGCUCCAAGAUGGGUCUACCCAUGCAGAUCCUUGAUGAGGAUGUUCACGUCGAUAUGCCAACAAAUAUUUCUCCGCGCUGGAAGCAUGACGAAGAAUUGUCUGAUACUGAAUAUAUGACAGCUAACAUAAAGCUGGCACGUAUAGUGGGGGAAACGAUCACAAAACUCUACAGCCGCCGCAAAUAUCAAGAAACAUUUCUUCAACGCGUGCAAAAGCUUUUAAAGGCCCUGAAAAACUGGGUUGAUGAUUUACCCGAGAGUCUGCGAUUGAACAUGGAAGACCUGGAGUCGAGCAAGAAACCUCUUGUUUCAUUGCAUAUGGCAUUCAACCAGUGCAUUAUUCUUACCACACGCCCAACACUCCUCCAUCUACUUAUUACACUUCGCAAAGCCGAGUCCACGGGCGCAGGCCAAGAAGCAGUCUCACAGCCCGUCCUCACACUCAGCGAAGCUUGUAUUCAUGCAGCCCGUCAUUCACAUUCUAUGAUCCUUACGCGCUGGAUUAACGGCACGAUGCCAACAUUCGGCUACUUCCACGCACACUACCUCUUCUCAUCCGCACUUACUCUAGCAAUGUCGAGUUUUGUUCCGAUUGGAAACGCGUCCGAUCUAAGUGGAUUUGACUCUGCACUAGACCUAUUACGUUCCAUGACGGAGAACGGAAACCUAGCUGCUGCUGAGUUCUACACCAAUCUCGAGCAAGUAAAGGUUUGCCUAGAUGCAUACAGAGAAAAUACGUGUACCCGAUCGCGACAUAAUGAGGGACGACUAGAUAAUAACCUGCAGCAUGUUACAGGCCUCGUUCCCCAGUCUACAAAUAAUAUUCCGAGUACGGUUCCUGCGCUCGGCCCCGCUCCAAACGCAGUGCCUGUCCCACCAACAUCGCAGAUGACUUCAUCUUCUAUAACUCUCUCAAACCCAAUUUCUGGCACCCCUGCAGCUUUGGUGUUACCUAAUGAAUCUGAAGUUCUUUCUGGGCAGCCACCGAGUGGCGCUGACACGUAUGCAGUACCUACCCGUGAUAACAUCAGUGGAUACACUACGGAGAUGGCAUUUUUGGAACCAACGAUGCAAGAUUUCCUAGCACAGUCUGAUAUUGAUCUCGGGUUAUUGCAUCCCGUUGAUACGUUUCUGAGCGAAGCAGAGAACUUGUAUACCUGUCAUGAGCUAUAA